AUGUUGGCUUUCGUCCCCCUCAGUGUGCCCAACUGGAGGUGGCUGUGUGAGGAUGCCCACAGCGCCGCACAGUCAGCACCCCAAUUUGGGUUCGACAUUCUUAAUCUAUUUCUUGAUGGGAUCCAGCCUAAAACUCCUCGUUCACGUAGCGUCGUCAAGCUCAUCAACAAAAUAAGUCAACUUCGGGAGCGUUCCAUCAACAUGGAGGACGAAAAAUUGGAACUUCCAAAGUAUGCUAUCGAUGACCCUAUCUGCCUGAUUUGA